AGGGAGCCGCCAUUGGACCGUGUGUGAGGUAGUGUUGUUGCUGCGGUGAUGAUCGUCUCUUCGCUUCCACCGGUUCCCCGGUGACGCUGGGCACGACAGGAAUGGAGGCGGCAGCAGGACGGAGCGCCGGUGGCGGCAGCGGGAGCAGCGGCGGCGGCGGUUCUCUCGGCGACGCUCAGGCCCAGGCCCCGGCGUCGGAGCGGGAGCGGCGGGUGCGCGCGCUGAGCGCCUCCCUCGGGGCCCGCCUCGGCCCUUACGAACCCGCUCUGAGCGCUCUGCAGGCGACGCUUGUCUGGGAGAGGCCGGCGAGGAGCGCCCUUGGCUGGGCCGUCGCCCACGCCGCCUUCGGGUGCGCAGCUUCGGCAACGGGGCUGAGGUGUUUUGCUCUGACAUCUCUCCAUCUGAUAUUCUUGAUUGCAUUCACCCUGAUACUGAUAGUAUGUUUAGAUCAGUGGAAAAAUAAAAUCUGGCCUGAAAUAAAAGUAGCCCGACCUGAUGAAUUAGACAGUGAAAGCUGGGGCUACAUCCACCCGCGACUGCUGAGUGUGCCUGAACUAUGUCACUAUUUGGCAGAAGGAUGGGUCACCGGAGACAGCUUCAUGAGGAACCUGUUGGGCUUCAAAAGGCAAAAUCCGGGCAAGUUCUGCCUUCUAGCUUGUGGUGUCUUCACGUUUUUGGCCGUGUUGGGCCAGUACAUUCCAGGCGUCUGUCUUGCCUAUUUAACAAUGCUUUCCCUCCUGCUGUGGCCACUUGCUGUGUACCACCGCCUGGGUCAACGCCUGUACACCAAACUGGAGCCAGCUGUGCAGCGAUUAGACUUCAGUGUUCGUGGCUACAUGAUGUCCAAGCAUAAAGAGAGGCAAUCGCGACACCAGAUGCUGCGGCAGCAUCCUGCUACUGCUGAUGGGAGUGACAGUGAAGAAGAGCUUGCUGCUUUCUGUCCCAAGUUGGAUGAUGCAGUGGUUGCCAAAGAGCUAGCUAUCUCUGAUUCAGAACAUUCUGAUGCAGAAGUAUCCUAUACUGAGAACGGGACAUUCAAUCUGUCAAGAGGCCAAACCCCCUUGACGGAGGGAUCUGAAGACUUCGAUGGCCACAGUGACCCUGAGGAAUCCUUUGCCCGAGAUCUUCCAGAUUUUCCUUCCAUCAACCCUGAGAUGACAGGCAUAGAUGAUGAGGAUGACACCAGUAUAGGCAUCCCAAGCCUUGCCUCUCGUAUACAGGGCCAGGAAGAUAUCCGGCUUUCCCAUGACCAGGAGGAAGUGGCCUCGGAGGUCCUCCUGGGUGAGCUGCCAUUGGUGCACAACCUUACAGAUGACUUAGCUGGCUUCGUAACCAGGGGAAUGAUCCAACUGGCCUUGUCAGGAGCCUCCCAGCCGGGCUCAAUGCGAGGCAACAGACGGCAGCCAGGUCCCAAGGCCUUCCUCCGGACCUCCAGCUCAGAGCUGGACACAGAUGCUGAAGGGGAUGACUUUGAACUGUUGGAUCAGUCAGAGUUGAAUCAGAUGGAUCCUUCUAGUUCCCGUGGCCAAUAAAUAAUUUUCUUCCCUUCCCUUUUGUGGCUCUUCGGUCUCAUGGAGCACAGCUGGAAGAGCCCUGGCAAAGAAUAAGAUAGUAUCCCACUGUUUGGUAUAUGACCUAGCUCGGCAAAUUUGGAAGAUGGUGUGAAUUUUAGAACAAACUCCUCCUGGAGAAAAAUCAGACAAGAUUGCCUGGUACCUUUCUAGUUUGCUGUGUGUUGCACUCCUUGUUCAAAGCCAAAAUGUCUUAUUCCUGCUGCUGCUGCUGCUGUUGUCCUUGUUAAAUAGGUGUCAAAGUAAGAUCUUAGCUCCUGUUUAAUGUGACAGACGCUAGGCAGCAGGAAUUGUCUUUAAUUUAAAAGUUGGAUAAAAAGCCAGAUAAAAUCUCUUGAUCAAUGGAGGUGAUUAUUGUACCCAGCUGCUGAUUUGGGAUUUAAAUCCUUAGGUCCGAUAAAAUGUACCUCUGUUGUGUAUGUGUAUUAGCCUCUGACCCUGAGGUAUUGGAAACUACCUUUAUCCCCAGUAAAUAUUUGCACGGAACGACCCCAGAUUUGUACCUUUUGAAACCCUGGAGUUGUAAUCAGGCUCUUUUCGCACAUCAUAAUGGCAAUAACAUUUGAAUGGGUUAGAAUCCCUUUCACACACAUAUACAUAACUUUAAAAAAAAGAAAAGAUGCCAGUACUGGAAGAAUACCCUCCACCCUAGUUCUAUAAAGGCUCAGGCAGAAACAGCAUGGAAGAAUUGGCCCCUAUUCUCCUUAUAACAGCUACCAAAGCAUACACCAAUGUGGGAGCCAAGAACAUGUUUCCUCAUUAAAAAAUGUCUUAUCUCCAAAUUAAAAUAAUGUGAUUUCUUUGGGAUUUCUUACAGGUAACCUGGAAGGGGCCUGUCAGUCUGGCCUCUCUAGCUAUUGCUGACUUGCCUCUAAUUUCUGAAUCCAUGGAUGUUGAGUGUUCUCAACCCCCCACCCCCUUGAAGAAAGCUGUACACCUACUAUAGAAAGCUAGUUGACUAGUACUACAGAUGAAAGCUGGUAGCAAAGCCAGGGGCUGCUUCCCAAGUGUGGCAUAUAUGUGGGCUUUGCUGUUUAAGAAUAUUCCUUCAGAAAAAGCCCCUGGGAAGACAACAUGGGAAUAGAUCUGCAUCAUUUUAGGGGAUCCCUAUAACCUUAGUACAGCAGCAAUAUUUUGACUAUUUAAAGCUAUUUAAAUUCAGAAUGGCUUCAUGUCAGGUUUGAGGAUACAUAUUCCAGUAUUUUGAUUGCACUAUCUGCAUUGCUGUGAAGAUAGUGCUGUGUUCCUCAAUAAUAAAAUAUUUUAAAUGCUAUCUGGAUGUUACUAAUAUUUGGUGCUGGGCCACUGACAUCUGUUUCUUCUUGUUUGAGUAAAACCAGCAUGGGGUGUGCUGCAUGGUCUUCGCCAACAUCUCAGACCUGCAAAGCACUGAGGCCUUCAUAGGACAGUACAAGCUGUGAGGAGUUUAUGUAUGUGCUACAGCUAGCGAGUUUGUGAUUCUGGUGCUACGUAUCUUCCCGUACAGAACUCCAUAUCGAAAUUAGUUUUGUAUGCAAAACUGUUGGAAGACUGUAACCUAGAAGUAAUUCUGCUUGUUAUAAAGCCAUCCUGGUGACCCUCUGUGGACAGAACAGAGACUUGAAUAAAUGCUGUGCUUUUACAUCUUAAAGUUUUCUUUAGAUAGUUUCCAACCUCCUAUAGCUAUUUGUGAAUCUGCUGAACUGAACCAUUUUGAAUACCUGCAUAUCCAGUUAGAGAGCCUUGUUCUAGGUUCCUGUAGUUCCAAUUCAACAUGCGCCAUUUUUCAGGCUCGGUAGCUUAGAAGUUUCCAGAUUUUCCUGACUUCACAUUUGAAGAUCUUUGUGACUCACUGCCUAUUUUCUUGGCCAAGCAGUAAUGUGAUGUAGAUGCUAUAUGCCUAAUAGCACAUUCUUGUAGAGGAGACUCAAGAGGGUGGUGUUUUGUAAAUUUGAAACAGCUUGGUUUUAGUAGCAUUUGUGUGGCAAUAUCAUGGUAUUUAACUGCCUUUUUUAGUGUUUACAAAACAGCCAAUAUUGUGGAUGUUUAUAGAGUAAUUUGUCAUCUUGAAUUUUUAAAAAUAAGAUGCUGAUAACUUUUGAGAUGGGAAACUGACUUUAUUUCAUUGGAAUUUGUCUUAUGUGGAUUAGAACAAGAGUUUAGUCACUAAACCUUAGUGCAAUAAGACAACCAACCACAUCUUCUCCACUGUAUCAAUAGUGAAACAAUACUUUUUUUCUUUUUUGUCAAGUGUUCCUUUCUGCCCUAACUAGUGCAAAAUAAAGAAUUUGACACACA